ACAUACCAUUAGGAAAAGAGUUCAUGGGACACACAUAAAUCAAUCCCAUCCACUUCUCUUUCUUUCCUUCCACUUUUCUUUCUUCUCUCCUUCAAACACGCUAUUAUUAUAUUCUACAAAAUCAGAAACAGAAACAGUGAUACACAAACUGACACUAGCACGUUGAUUCUUGACCACACAGAAGAAGAAAACGCGGCGGCGAUGGGUGAUUCAUCGGAGGAUUUCUCGGUGGUGGUUCUGGCUUCCGAUCUCGCCGUCGAUGCUCGACCCUUCCUCGCCCACCAAUACCAACAAGGAGCAGAACCAGAACCAGAAGAAGAGAGUUGGCACGAUUGUUCUCAGCACCUCUCCCCCGACGAAGACUUCUCCGAUCUCGAUCAACUGCAAUUCCUCACCCUUCAUGGCUCCGACAAGAAUAACCACCGCAUCCUCCGUAUCGUCGGCAAGUACUAUCCUGCAACAGUUGUGAGUGCAGAGCGGUUGAAGAGGUAUGUUUUUCAUAGAAUUUGUAGUGAAUUGCCAGAUGGACCAUUCUGCAUCGUUUACAUGCACAGCACCGUUCAAACAGAAGAUAAUUCCCCUGGCCUGACCAUCUUGAGGUGGAUUUAUGAAGAACUUCCAGCUGAUUUUAAAGACAGGCUUCAAACUGUGUACUUCAUCCACCCUGGGCUUCGCUCCAGGCUAGUCAUCGCUACUCUUGGCCGGUUUUUUCUGAGUGGAGGAUUAUAUUGGAAGAUUAAGUAUGUAAGCCGCCUUCAGUAUCUUUGGGAUGACAUAAAGAAAGGGGAGAUUGAGAUUCCAGAUUUUGUGCGAAAGCAUGAUGAUAUUUUGGAGCAUAGACCGCUCACAGAUUAUGGCAUUGAACCCGAUCCCUUUCACUUGACUGGGAUGCCUUCACUCACACCCUCAUUUGGAAAAUACGAGGAUAGAUGGGGAGCAAGGGAUUAUGCGUCAGAGCACGGUUACCACUGAAUCAUAAUAUGAUCUCAAACUUUUGUACAGAAUAGCUCAGAUGUUGUAUUUGUGUUACAUAUACUUUUAUGUGAGCUUCUUUACUUGUUAAGUUAAGCUUUACUAUAUGCGACUCUGGAGAAACUUAAUUUAACAUAUGAUUGUAUGAAGGUUCAAAAUGUACGUUUCCAUACAUUCCUGAGGCAUGUUGAAAUAGUUGUAUCAUGUA